UUGCCCCUUUUCUCUACUUCAUCUUCGCUCUUUCCUGAACUUUUCUUUCUCAUUUUCUGGCCAAACAUGAGUUUUCUAACCCUUUACUCCGCAUUUUCCAUCUCAAUAACAAUAUUUGCUCUUUUUCCAAACAAUAACUUCUUGCAUGUAGGAGCCUCAACUGCCUCAGAUAACAAAUAUACUUUCUUCGAAAUAAACACUCUCCUUUCCACGCCUGUGAAAUCUCGCCGCGACAAGAACAAAUCGUGCACCGCACGGCCGACGUAUUCCGGCUGCGAGGUAUGGGCACGGGCCUGCUCCGAGGAGGUGUUGACUCUAGCUCGCUGGCCGGAGAACGUUGAUUGGUUGAAAAGUGUGCGGAGAAGAAUUCAUCAGCAUCCGGAGCUUGCUUUUGAAGAAUAUGAAACAAGUAAGUUGGUUCGGGCCGAGCUGGAUCGGAUGGAAAUUGGAUAUAAAUAUCCGUUGGCCAAAACGGGUAUUCGGGCCUGGAUUGGAACCGGAGGCCCGCCGUUUGUGGCCAUCAGAGCUGAUAUGGAUGCACUUCCUAUUCAGGAAGGUGUUGAGUGGGAUUAUAAAAGCAAAGUUGCGGGGAAAAUGCAUGCCUGUGGACACGACGCACAUGUAACAAUGCUUAUUGGUGCUGCCAAGAUCUUGAAGACCCGUGAACAUCUCUUGAAGGGAACUGUAAUACUGAUAUUUCAACCAGCAGAGGAAGCUGGAAAUGGUGCAAAAAGGAUGAUUGGAGAUGGGGCUCUGGAAGAUAUAGAGGCCAUAUUUGCAGUUCAUGUAUCUCACGAGCACCCUACUGGUAUCAUUGGCUCAAGGCCAGGUCCUUUGCUGGCCGGCUGUGGCUUCUUCAGGGCCGUAAUUAGUAAAAGAGGCAGCACCGUGAACCCACACCGCUCAGUUGACCCCAUUUUAGCAGCCUCUGCCGCUGUAAUCAGCUUGCAGGGCAUUGUGUCUCGUGAGUCAAAUCCACUAGACUCGCAGGUUGUGUCAGUAACCUCAUUCAAUGGAGGGAAUAAUCCUGAGAUCAUUCCUGAUACAGUUAUAAUUGGUGGAACCUUCAGGGCAUUUUCUAACACCAGCUUUUAUCAACUUCUACGCAGAAUACAAGAGGUGAUUGUGGAGCAAGCUAGUGUUUUCAAAUGCUCGGCAACAGUUGACUUCUUCGAAAAGGAAUCGACAAUCUACCCCCCAACGGUGAAUGAUCAGAAAAUGUACGAGCAUGUGAAAAGGGUUGCCACUGAUUUGUUGGGUCCAACUAACUACAGGGAGGUUCCCCCCAUGAUGGGGGCUGAGGACUUCUCCUUUUACUCGGAGGUGAUUCCUGCAGCUUUCUUCUACAUCGGAAUAAGGAAUGAGACCUUGGGAUCAGUACACACAGGCCACUCACCAUAUUUUAUGAUCGAUGAAGAUGUUCUACCGAUAGGUGCAGCAGUUCAUGCUACAAUAGCAGAAAGAUACCUGAACGAACGGGGACGAAGUUGGGGAAGUUAAGCUGCUGUAGCUUUUGCCGUGGAUGGUAAGCUUUUAGUAUAAAAGAUGUGCUCUGUUUUUUACCAGUGCACUUGCCGAUGCUAAGCUACAGGAGCACAUUGUUUUUUGGUGUACCUGGGUUAGGGAAUAUGCAAGGGCAACAUUUUCCAUGGAGUUGUAAAUCAAGUAGAGGAUCUUCUGCUUCAUAAUUUGCUUUUAUUUGUUCUAAUUAAAAGCCGUAAAUUCUCAUGUCA